CUACAUGAUACAUAUUUAUAGCAAAUCAUUAUUAUCUAAUUAAAAAAAAAAAUUCAGAUUUGUUUUCUUUCUUAUUUGAUUUACUGUGUAAACGUUUAGAUUCAAAGCUAUCAGAUUGAGGAGGAAGAAGCAGAUGGAGCAAUUAUCUAAUGGCUCGAUCACUGACAAUAUUUUCCCUUCAGCUCCGGCUCCUCUUAAACAGCCUUUCGUGAUCGGUGUUGCCGGCGGAACCGCCUCCGGGAAGACAACGGUCUGCGACAUGAUCAUGUCUCAGUUACACGAUCAACGUGUCGUGCUUGUGAACCAAGAUUCGUUUUAUCAUUCGCUGAGUGAAGAGAAACUAAAGAAGGUUCACGAAUACAAUUUCGAUCAUCCUGACGCGUUCAACACGGAGGUUUUGCUUUCUUGUAUGGAGAAACUACGGUCUGGCCAACCAGUGAGCAUCCCUAGCUACGAUUUCAAAACCCAUCAGAGCAUUGAGUCAGCCAGUCCGGUUAACCCAGCUGACGUAAUCAUCUUAGAAGGGAUAUUGGUUCUUAAUGACCCUCAAGUUCGUGACCUCAUGAACAUGAAGAUCUUUGUCGAUACAGAUGCUGAUGUACGUCUCUCGAGGAGGAUACAGCGUGAUACCGUCCAGAGAGGAAGAAACAUCCAAAACGUGCUUGAGCAAUACACCAAGUUUGUGAAGCCGAGUUUUGAUGAGUUCAUCCAGCCAUCGAUGAAGUAUGCUGAUAUAAUCAUACCUCGAGGAGGGGACAACGAUGUUGCCAUUGACCUCAUUGUUCAACAUAUCCGUACAAAGCUGUGCCAACACAACCUCUGUAAGAUAUACUCAAACAUCUUCAUCAUAUCUUCUACGUUCCAGAUCAAAGGAAUGCAUACUCUUAUCCGAGAUGUCAACACAACAAAGCAUGAUUUCGUCUUCUAUGCUGACCGAUUGAUUCGACUGGUUGUGGAACAUGGACUUGGUCAUCUUCCUUUCACAGAGAAACAGAUAACUACUCCAACAGGAUCAGUAUACACCGGAGUAGACUUCUGCAAGAGAUUGUGUGGCGUCUCAGUGAUCAGAAGUGGAGAAAGCAUGGAGAACGCACUAAGAGCUUGUUGCAACGGAAUCAAGAUUGGUAAAAUCUUAAUCCACAGAGAGAAUAACGAUGGCCGUCAGUUGAUAUAUGAGAAGUUACCAAAAGACAUCGCAAGCAGACAUGUCUUCCUUCUUGACCCUGUUCUAGCUUCAGGAAACUCAGCAGUGAAGGCUAUAUCUUUGCUUAUCAGCAAGGGAGUUCCAGAAUCACAUAUCAUCUUUCUCAACCUCAUAGCAGCACCUCAAGGUAUUCAUGCGCUAUGCAAGAAACAUCCAAUGGUAAAGAUUGUGACUUCGGAGAUGGAUGCCUCCCUCAAUGAGGACUCGCGUGUGAUUCCAGGCCUGGGAGAAUUCGCAGACCGUUACUUUGGUACUGACAACUCAAAAAAUUAUCAAGCUGGUCUGAAAAUCUCAAAGUAAGCUAAAAAGAUGUGCUGUUUUUUUCAUACUUCUUAAUUAAAAGAAUGUGAUGUUCCCUUCACAAAUAACCUUCUAAUACAUCCUGAGUUUCUUCCAACCUCAUUAUUUUUCUGGUUUGCCAACAUUCGUUUAAAUUCUCUGUUUCUCCAUCCCGAACACAUUACAUAAUAUAUUCAGUCACAUCUUAUAGUUGCUUAUGGUUCAUACGAUACUUGAUUUAUUUUGGCUUUGAAUUUGAAUAAAAGGCAUACAAGAUUAGGUAAUAAUUCCCGGGAAAAUAAGAAGCAACCAUCUCAUUGCAUUGCAGCGUCUUUCAAAACCAAUACUGUCGUUGCAAACCAGCUUUUAAAUUAAAAGAACCAAUCUAAAGGCAGCAGCAAAAAAAAAAAAAGAAAUGGUUACUAUAGGCGAGGCUUACGUGAGACAUCACAGCACCAAACGGCACCGUUGUGGCCACGGUAUAAGUUCCAAGCCGUUCGCCAUCAUCGGCAUACCAAAGAGUGGGAGUGCGAUCCUUGGCGCAGGAGAAUAGCAUAUCGCCAUCUCUGUUAUACCUUAGGAACGACGUUCAUGACCCUUAUUCAAUAUCAGUCUCAUUUUUCAAAAGCUCUCAUUUUUUUCUAACGUUUGAAUGCAAGAGAGAGAUAGAGAUUCGAGUCUUAUCACAACGCUUCAAAUCUGAGAACUUGCAGACGACGAUGACGACAAACGAAGCAGAAGCAGAAGAAGAAG